AAGUGACGUCACAGCGCGAUGGCGGCGGCUCCUUCAGGCCCCUGAAGGGGGAUUUAGGCCCGGGAGAUCCGAGUCCAUCCGCGGCGGGGAGAGGGCGAACGGGGUUGGCGGAGGCCGGAACAGGGGCGGCGGCGCCCGGACUGUCCCAUCCGCCCCGUAUUGAGGCGCUGGGAGCGGCAGGGCGGCCGGAAAGCGAUGGUGAAAGCGGGGCCGUGAGGGGGGCGGAGCCGGCAGCCGGACCCGCAGUAGCGGCAGCAGCGGCGCCGCCUCCCCGAGCUCAGACCCAGGAAGCGGCCGGGAGGGCAGGAGCGAGCCGGGCCGCCGCCGCCGCCAUGGAGCUCAGAGUGGGGAACAGGUACCGGCUGGGCCGGAAGAUCGGCAGCGGGUCCUUCGGAGACAUCUAUCUCGGUACGGACAUUGCUGCGGGAGAAGAAGUUGCCAUCAAGCUUGAAUGUGUCAAAACUAAGCACCCUCAGCUCCACAUCGAGAGCAAAAUCUACAAGAUGAUGCAGGGAGGAGUGGGCAUCCCCACCAUCCGGUGGUGUGGGGCCGAGGGCGACUACAAUGUCAUGGUCAUGGAGCUGCUGGGGCCCAGCCUGGAGGACCUCUUCAACUUCUGCUCCAGGAAGUUCAGCCUCAAGACCGUCCUGCUCCUCGCUGACCAGAUGAUCAGCCGCAUCGAGUACAUCCACUCGAAGAACUUCAUCCACCGGGACGUGAAGCCGGACAACUUCCUCAUGGGGCUGGGCAAGAAGGGCAACCUGGUGUACAUCAUCGACUUCGGGCUGGCCAAGAAGUACCGGGACGCCCGCACCCACCAGCACAUCCCCUACCGCGAGAACAAGAACCUCACCGGCACCGCGCGCUACGCCUCCAUCAACACGCACCUCGGCAUCGAACAAUCUCGAAGGGACGACCUGGAAUCUCUGGGCUACGUGCUCAUGUACUUCAACCUGGGCUCGCUGCCCUGGCAGGGCCUGAAGGCGGCCACCAAGCGCCAGAAGUACGAGCGCAUCAGCGAGAAGAAGAUGUCCACGCCCAUCGAGGUGCUCUGCAAAGGCUACCCCUCCGAGUUCGCCACGUACCUGAACUUCUGCCGUUCCCUGCGCUUUGACGACAAGCCUGACUACUCGUACCUGAGGCAGCUUUUCAGGAACCUGUUCCACCGCCAGGGCUUCUCCUACGACUACGUCUUUGACUGGAACAUGCUCAAGUUUGGAGCCAGCCGGGCAGCCGACGACGCCGAGCGGGAGCGCCGGGACCGAGAGGAGCGGCUGAGACACUCCCGCAACCCAGCCACCCGCGGCCUCCCCUCCACGGCCUCAGGCCGGCUGAGGGGGACCCAGGAGGCGGCCCCUCCCACCCCCCUCACCCCUACCUCACACACGGCGAACACCUCUCCUCGGCCCGUGUCCGGCAUGGAAAGAGAGCGGAAAGUGAGUAUGCGGCUGCACCGCGGGGCCCCCGUCAACAUCUCCUCGUCCGACCUCACGGGCCGGCAAGAUACCUCCCGCAUGUCCACCUCACAGAAUAGCAUUCCUUUCGAACACCACGGCAAGUAGCUGCACGGCUCCCGUCGGAAGGCAGCGCUGGAUUGCCGGUCGGGUGGCUGCCAGCGGUCUCCAGUCCGCCGUGCACCGGUGAGAGCGCUCCUUUGGCUGAGGGCAGACAUGCAUGGCCGACCUACUCUGUUAUAGUGACACGCCCCGGUCUAGAACCGAACCGUUACCACCGGGAGCUCUCCAGGCCACCCACCCAGCGACGCCCACGGGGAAACAAACACAAACCCAACCGGACAGACUGCACGCGCUGCCAUCGCCAGGGGCUGCGCCGAGGCCCCGCGAGCUCGGUGGCAGCGGGGCUGGGAAGAAGAGAGACGAGCGCAGAGAGAAUCAGACUCCCAUCCAAGAGCCUCUUGGUCCGGUCCCUCGGGUGGCGGCGCGCCUGUGCCCCUGCCGAGUCUGCCGUAACCACCGACCUUCUACUCGGCUAAGACAGUUUUGUAUCAUUUUGCUAAAAAUUAUUGGCUUAAAUCUGUGUGAAGAAACCUGUCUUUUUAUUGUUUCUUUCCUGUCUGUUUUGCUGUCUGUAAAGAAAUCCGAAGCAGACGCUGGCGUGGAGUCUGGGAGGGCAGGCCGGGCGCGGAGGAGCCCACGGGGGCCUCCCGGUCUGUGUCUCGUGCUGUCUUGUGCGGGCUGCUUGGGAGCCUGGCACGUGUAUACGCGUGUGUAAGUAACGUGUGUGUCCGUGUGUGCCUGUGUCUCGUGACCUCCCUGACCCCUCCCUGCCAUCCCCGAGGACUGAAGCGCCUGCUCACGGUGGACCCGCUGGGACUCUCGAGUCGUCAGAGCGAUUGGACUGUGCCGGCGACGGCGCGGGCGCGGCAGGUGCCUCCCGAUUGAGCAGCCACGGCGAGGAGGAAGCUGAGCCUGGAGACGUGGGGCCCCCCUGGGGGCGGGGGUGCUUGUUUCAGUGGCGCUUGCCUCAGCGCCUUUGCGUCUGGGAGGUUCUCUAAGCAGACUGUCGGCGUUAAUAGCGCAGACCGGUCUUCUGUCCGUGUUAGCAACCGGAUGAACGGCCAAGGGCUGUGGCGUCCGCCCCGGAUGCCAGCUUGGCCCAGGCCCAGGCAGGCCGGCGCACCCAGGGGGAUCGGCUCUGAAGUGCCACGAAGCAGGGGACUCUUGACAGCCUGACCACCCAGCAGGGCGAGGGUCUGGACGGGGGGGGGGGGGGGGGCUGGGCAGCCAGGGGCCUGAGAGGCGUCCGUGUCCCGGGACACCCUGACUGCCGAGUGGCCGGCCCGGAGCACAGCCGUUUGCGUCUUUCCGAAUCCCGAGCCGGCUGCUCCGUGUGUUGGGGCGCGGGCACUCGGCCACGUGGGCUGAGACCCAGGAGGGUCAGCACGAGCUGCCCAGUGCCUUGCGCAGAGGGCGCCUGCCUUCCCGGGGAGGCAUUGGCAGCUGCGGCCCUCGCCCCGCGCCGUGGCUGCAACGUCUGCAUCGCCUGUGUGCCGGCGGCCGGUCCCUGCGCUGCGCUUCUGUUGGAUCCCUGUACCCGUGUCCAGCCUCCGUGUAAAUAAUAAACUCAUGACCACUUCCACCUCUGCUCCCUGA